GACGCACUUAAAAGUGACUCAGUUUCAGGAAAGGAAGUUCAUGUGGACCGAGACAGCGGCCUUCAUGGGCGGGCUGGGGAAGGCACCGUGAUGCCCGUGGCCCCGUCCCUUCAAGGAGUCCACGAUGGGGCCACCUGUCUGGCCUGUGCAAAGCCCCUGAAGGAUGCGGUUGGGGCCACCUGUGGACACAGCCUCUGCCGGCUCUGCCUCCCGCCCACUGCCCAGAUGGGGGCCCAGCCCUCGGGCAGGAUGCUGCUCUGCCCGCUGUGCCAAGAGGAGGAGCAGGUGGAGGCCCCUGCGGUCCCUGUGCCCCUGGGUCCUCCGGGGGAGACCUACUGCGAAGAGCACGGCGAGAAGAUCUACUUCUUCUGCCAGAUGGACGCCGAGUUGUUGUGCGCUCUGUGCCGGGAGAGCCCCGGCCACCAGGCCCACAGCGUGGGCUUCCUGGAUGAGGCCAUCCAGCCUUACCGGGAUUGGCUCAGGAGCCAACUGGAGGCUCUGAGAGAGGAAAGGGACAAAAUUGAAGACACAAAGUGUCGUGAAGACCAGAAGCUCCAAGUCUUGCUGGCUCAGAUUGAAAGCAAGAAACAAGAAGUAGCAGCAGCUUUUGAGAGGCUCCAGCAGGCGCUAGGGGACCAGCAGCGCCUCCUGCUGGCCAGGUUGGGGAAGCUGGAGCAGCAGGUGCGGCGGGAGAGGGAGGAGUACAACAGCAAGGUCUCGAAUGAAGUCGCCCGGCUCAGCGCCCAGGUGGAGGAGCUGGAGGAGAAGUGUGGGCAGCCAGCAUGUGCGCUUGUGCAAGAUGCCAGAGUCAACCAGAGCAGGUGUGCCGUGAAGACAGUUGGGAGCCCAGAGGUCAUUUCGUCAGACCUAAUCGCAAAGAUCCGUGAUCUCCACAGGAAAACGCUCGUCCUCCCAGAGAUGAUGAGGACAUUCGCAGAGAACCUGGAACAGCAUUUGGAGACCUGGUCAGGUAAGCAGCUAAGGGCUUUUUUUUAACAAAAAGAGAGGGGCCUUUUCACCAGACUUGUGUAACCCAAGGCCUCCUUCUGAGCCCUCGCACAUCCUCCCCACACAGUAGAGAAAGCCCUAAUAAACUGACCCAAUGAGCCUUGCAUCUCAUUUUUAGGGGAGCACGCUUGUGUUCAUCCAUUCAGUCCUGAAAAGACGAUCCAGCUGGAAAUAAUCAGUCUUGCAAACUGAUGGUGCAUGUACAGUUGACCUC